AUGAGUGGCCAGGAAAGCAUAUCUAAUGGUAAUUCCGACUCAUUUGUUAUGUCGUCUUCCAACUUAGGCUCUCAAGAAUCUUCAAUAUCCCCAGGUGACCUGAUCAAAGACAGCAAUGAUCAAGUACCGCCAACUUCACGCUCGUCGAAAAACUCAUUUCUCUCCAAGCAAGUACAGGAGCUACUAGAAGGGGCUAAUAAAUAUGAUCCGAAAUACGGGCUCUCCUUACCUAGAGGGUUUUUAAGAGAUAGGAACCGCAAAUCCAAGGACACUGGAUUGGUGCCUCUUGUUGAAAAGGUUAUACCUCCCAUGCACAAAAAAACCAGUGUUAGAAGCAUGAGGAAAAAAUCAUCUGCAACUAUGAAGAAGGAUGUAAAGAAAGUAGAUACUGUAAGAAAGAAAAUAAGAAAUAAAGUAUCAAAAAGAAAUGAUGAGCAUCUUGUAAUUACAAAACAAGAGGUAAACGCUUCUCAAAGAAAGAAUCUCUCAAGAAAAAAAGUUUUUAUUGAGGGCAAGGAAAAGGAAGAAAAUAAACAAAAGAAAAUCUCUUCAACAUUUGUGAAUUGGAAUGGUCCCUAUUUACAGUUAAAGUACCCAUUUUUUGAUAUAAACUAUUUGAGGUCACACAAUAGUUAUUCCGGAACCCCCAUACCAUCUGUCACUCUAAAGACUAAUUCUCCACAGUCAACAAGUCUACUUUCGGAACAUGAUAUUCGUUCAGCAACAACCGUUAAACUGCAAAGCGUUUUGUUUGCUAAUUAUAUGGAAGAGUACAAGAUUGACUUUGACAAGACGGCUGUUAUUUAUGAUCCAAUGAGUGAAAUCGGUAAGCUUGUUGAAUACAGCUGUCUAAUUUUUUUACCGUCACCAUAUGCGGAACAAUUGAAGGAAACCAUUUUGCCUGAUUUAAACGCAGCGUUUGAUAACUCUGAUACCGAGGGUUUUAUAAAGACAAUUAACUCAUACAAUGAACUUAUUCGCCAAGUACCUAGGUCAAGUAUAAUCAAUCAUUUAGCGACAAUUGAUAAGAUUCCUCGUUCAUUUAUACAUGAUUUUUUGCAUAUUGUGUACACAAGAAGUAUUCAUCCACAGGCGAAAAAGUUAAGACACUACAAGGCGUUUAGUAAUUACGUUUAUGGUGAACUUCUGCCCAAUUUCUUAUCUGAUGUAUACCAACAAUGCGGGUUGAGAAAAGGUGAUACUUUCAUGGAUCUAGGUUCGGGGGUAGGAAAUUGCGUAGUACAAGCCGCUUUAGAAUACGGAUGCGAAUUAAGCUUUGGUUGUGAGAUCAUGGAAGAUGCGAGCGAUUUGACUCUAUUACAACAUCAAGAACUAAAGAAAAGGUGCAAGUUGUUUGGGAUGCAUUUAAACAACGUGGAGUUUUCAUUGAAGAGAAGUUUUGUGAAUAAUGAACGCGUUAGUGAGAUAAUUCCUCUAUGCGAUGUUAUUCUCGUGAAUAACUUUUUAUUUGAUGAAGAAUUGAAUAAAGAAGUUGAGAAAAUAUUACAAGCAGCAAAGGUCGGGUGUAAGAUCAUAAGUCUAAAAAAUUUAAGAAGUUUGGCUUAUCAGAUCGAUUUUUACAACAUCGAAAAUAUCUUCAAUAGAUUAAAGGUACAAAAGUAUGAUCUGGAAGAAGAUAGUGUUUCAUGGACACAUAGUGGUGGGGAGUAUUAUAUAUCUACCGUGAUGGCCGACGUUGAUGAAAGUUUGUUUAGCCCUAAUGCCAGAGGUAGAAGGAACAAAGGAACCCCAGUGAAGUAUAGUCGAUGA